UGAUUCGGUUGUAUGUUUCCUACGCCCGGAGCAAAGUGUCAUUUCAAUCGCCGUGUGAUUGCAUUUCAUUGAUCAGAAUCGCCGACAAUAGUGUUAUUUCUCGUAAAGUAUUGCACAUUGUGCUAUAUUGUGAUGUGUUAGAUGUGCAUCUUGUGAAUUUAGCUCGAAGUUCAUUCAUCAUUUAUUAAUUUCGGGGUGUUGGCUUGUGUGACACUUGUGUUUUUGUAAAUCCAUACUCGAAGUAUUCGCUUCAUAAAAUUCUGUUAUCGCACUCCCGCGAUGCAGUGCAGCAUCGAGAGCAACGCGACGCGUUCUUCGCCAGCGAGAGCUGGUCUCAGGGUGAAUUUCACCGACAAGGGCGAAGUCAAAGAACGUCGCGAAAAAUUCUUAACAGCCAAAUAUGGAUCUCAUCAAAUGAGCUUGAUUCGAAAAAGGCUAGCAGUAGAAAUGUGGCUGUAUGAUGAACUUCAAAAACUAUACGAACCACCGGCGGAAGCUGUAGAUGUAGAUAUAGAUGAACUUCUCGAUAUGGCCAGCGAUGAAGUUCGUAAAGCUUACCUCAAUGAACUGUUAGCCGAGUCUAAGAAACCACAGAAAGAAAUAAGCGUGA